UUUAUGUUACUGAGAAAUUGGACUAUCUCUUCAUCUUACAAUUCCUUUUUCCCAGACGUGAAAGAGUUUCGAUGUGUGUUUCACAAUCGCUUGCGUCAAAGAGGAUCUGUCAGGUUUAGGCGCUCUUGUUGAAACCUGUAUAACUGCAGAGAUGAGGGAGAAAGCGGAAGGAUCGAUCAGUUUAAGGAUGAUGGACCUUUGGUGCCGGCUGUGGCACCUGCCACUAAUGCUGUAUAUCUCAGGGCUCCUGCAAUUUGAUCUGUGCAGUGGUCAGAUUCAGGUCCAGAUCCAGGAAGGUCCCCUGUAUAGAGUGAAAGGAUACCCCAUCUCCAUAUCCUGUAACACAACAGGGUUUACAGGACCAUCUGAGAGGGAUUUUGAGUUCAUUCUCAAGAAACAAAAUAUGGAGUUAAAUAUAAUCAGUACCAAAGACCCAAACUUUGCCUACGGAAUGUUCUCCGGUAGAAUAAGAAAAAAAGAGAUUUAUGUUGAAAGGCUGUCAGGGUCUUCAGUUGUCUUGUGGAUCAAAGAUUUUCAGGAGAGUGAUGCAGGUGAUCUGCUCUGUGCGACCAAACACACAGGUGGUGCAUAUUUCGGAGAUUAUGAUGAUGAAGCAAAGCUUAAUGUGAUAGCAGACACCCUGGAGGCAUCGUACUCGGGCUCUCCCUCACAGAGCUUGUCUGAAGGGGAUCCUCUUCAGCUUGAGUGCCAGGUCUCCAGCCAGACUUUUCAACACACUCAUCUGUCGGUCACCUGGUUUCUUAAUGGUGAAGAGGAUGAAAACCCCCGGCCAAUCAUUACUCUGGACAAAGAUCUGACUGUAAAGCCAGGAGCUGGAUUUGAGGAUCGCUAUCGUGCUGGUCUUAUCAGCAUGGAUAAGGUGGAGGACACAACCUACAGACUGAAGAUGCCUCAAGUGCAGCAGUCCGACCAGGGGAAGUUCUUCUGCAAAGCCAUUGAGUGGAUCCAAGACCCAGACCGUUCCUGGACACAGAUUGCCCACAAAACCACCACGGCAUGCGAUGUAGAGAUUAAACGAAUCGUGGUCCCUGAUGCUGACUCCUUCAGUGUUAAUCUGAAGGCUUCAAAGGGGCCACUACAGGAGGGAGACGCACUGGACAUCCGCUGCAGUGUGAAUGCACAGAACCUUCCUGGUCAUUUCUUCUCAGUGACUUGGCUGAAGGACCAGCAGAGAGUGGCCCAGAUCGGAUCCUCUGGGGUGCUCACCAUUUUCGACAGUUACAAAGACAGAGAGAAUGCAGCAGAGAUGAGAGCAGUGAAAACCAGUCACAUGGACUACCUUCUGACCAUCCGUUCGGCUCGGACUGAGGACCACGGCCAAUACCAGUGUGAAGUGUGGCAGGAAAACAUGAAUGAAGAUGGCACCUUCAAAAAAAUACAAAAACAAAUGUCCAGUCCAGAGACUGUGAGCAUCACGGCUAAAGAGAGUAAUCUGGCGGUGGUCAUGCUGAUGAAGGAUGCGGUCACUGAGGGAGAUGCACUACACGUCUCCUGCUCAGUGUCAGGAUUCAAGGGUCCUUUAUCAGUGUCAUGGCAACACAAGAAAGACCCGGGGGCUUCCUUCAGUGAUGUCGUUAGUCUGACCCAUGAGGGAGUGAUGAAAGAUGUUGGGGCAAGGUAUCAGAGCAGAAAUGUCCAAACAUUUCAUUCUCCAGCUGGAAACUUUACUCUACAGCUUGGUGCAUCUGCAGUAUCUGACAGCGGAGAAUAUAAGUGCAUUGUGUCUGAAUUGACAGUACAGAGCAAUGGAGAGAUGAAAGCCAUCACCCAAUCUCAGCAAAAAGCCAUUACAGUUAAAUCUGUUGAAUCUCUAAUGGUGGUGAGCUUGACAAGUCGUACAUCAAAUGUACCUAUAGAUUCUCCAGUACAACUGCUAUGUCGAGUCAGAGGGCCUAGAGUGUCUUUGGCUCUACGCUGGAUGUUUCAGCCCCACAAUUCCACUGUUCAAACAAAUAUUUUAUCCAUAAGUCACACUGGAGAAAUGGAAUGGAGAGCAGAUCAGAGAAACUAUCAGCUGAACAUUCAAGCACGGCCGGAAGACACUCGUUUCACUCUCAUGGUGCCGAGAGCCAGCAAACAACAAAAAGGACAGUACCAGUGUCAAGUUGAUGCCUAUCAAAAGGAUGUACAGAAAGCCUUUAAGAACUCCAACCUGUUAGCUGUGAUUGUACACAAACCUGACAGCAAGAUGAGCCUGCUGUCACCCACUUCUCGUCUGGAAACCACUGUCGACACUGAUGCUAAGCUUGAAUGCUCAGUCAUGAAGACAACCACAAAUACGUCUCGUUUCACAGUAACAUGGAUGUUUGGGUCCCAGGUGCUCUUAACUAUGGACUUAGAUGCUGUAGUCAAGUUUGGCCCUGCAGCCGGCCUGGAGAUGGACCAGAGGAUCCGUUUGGAAAUAAGACAGAAACAGAACUUCCAGAUGACUAUCCAGCAGGUCAGAACAUCUGACAGUGGACAAUAUCACUGUGAGGUGGAAGAGUGGCUCCAGGAUCCUCUUGGUGACUGGUAUUCCCUCAAGAAAAUGUCUGUUUCCACAGAGCUGGUUGUCAAAGAGAAAGAAAGUAAACUGCAUGUUCAGAAGGACAAUCGGAUGCUCAACGUUACAAACCAUCAGGCUGGGUUCACCAUUGACUGUGUCAUUGACUCACAAUCCAGUGAUAAAUCCGUCUUUGAGGUCACCUGGUUCAAGGUUCAGAAAGAAGAACAAGUCGCUAUAUUCACUGCCAGGCGUGACGGUAUCUUACACAGUGCAAUUGCUGAUAGAAAUCUGGUGUUUGGACGACCACUUGCCACACACUAUAAACUGACUGUGCUACAGAUCAACCCCACUGAUAUUGGGCAAUACUACUGUCAGGUUGAGGAGUGGCUUCUAACUGCUAACACCUGGAAGAAAUUUGCUUCAGAUAAAUCUGGAGAGCUCUCCAUCUACGUUCACACUGAAGGUGAAAAACAGAUAGACCCACUGUUAAUAACAUUGGCCAUUGCUAUUCCACUGAUUUGUUUUCUUGUAUUGAUCAUAAUAUUCUUGUUGAGAAAGAGCCACAAGAAAAAAUAUGAAAUAAGUAUGAAAUAUGAACUGAAGAAGAUGAAGAAGAAGAAGAAGAAAGACUGUCUGUGGGCUGAAACAAAUGUCCUUAAUGGGCCUUCUACCAAUUAGAUUGUUGUUUUAAAAUGUUUCUUUAUUAUCAGUUAUGAUUACAUACAUUCACACUGUAAUCAUUUCACUUCUAAGAAAGUUAAUAUUGCUGUACAGUAGGCCUAAACGUUUCCUAAUUUUCUGUUGACUGCAAAGUUACAAGAUAAAAAGAAGAAAAGAAAGUAUUUUGGUUGCUUGUUUUAUCAACAUUUCACAUCUAAUCAACUCCUGACAAACAUUUUAAUUAUUAUUUGACAUAACUCAGUGAGUUAUUUGAUGUUUUACCAUAGCGGAUGGCAACCAGUGCCAUGACUGCUAACAUUGGCACAGGAGGAAAUACACAUGUGAGCAAGACAUACACACAUGAGCAAGACAGAUGAAUGUAUAUCUUUUAAAGUUACUCACAGCUGCCUGACAAUCUAUACUUUCAGUUUAUCUCAUUUUCUUCUCCUUUUUUUAUAGCCAAACAGCCAGUUUUGGCCAGUUACUGGCAGAAAAAUCCACUGUAACUGCACUGCAGGUUAAAGUAGCAGCUAGCUCUGUGCCUUUUUUUUUCUUCAGUUGUGCUGCCAAACUUAGUGGAUGGCAGCUUACAGUUUUGUUGUAUUUGUUACUCUUAGCUUUGAGAAAUUAUGCUAUCAAUGUUGAUGUUUUUCAGCUCAGUUUCUUUAAAUUCCCACGAGAUGACAAUUACACUGAUGGGUGAACUACUGUACAACAUCAAGAGAUAAAAUUAGAAAUCGGUUAUUCAAAGUCUAGCUUAAGCCGGAAAAUAGACUACUUUCAGGAUUGAUUAAAUGUUUUGGUUGAAUGUUUAAAACACGUUUAAAUUGUCUGACAAAUAUUUUAAAUUGUGCUUUAUUAAUAUGUCAGUGUGCAAAUCAGUUAAGCCAGUCUGUGACUGGUAAUGCUGAUAACUUGAAUGAUUACUUUUUAACAUUGACAAAAAUACAUAUCAAAAAAAAAAAAAAAAAAGUUUAGGUUUUGCUUUGUACAUGAAGGUGCUUUUAUGUUUGUUAUAAAUGUUGAGCCUUUGCUUAAGAAAUAUAACUUGUCAAAUUAAUUAUGUUUGUAAAGCUGUAGCUGAAUGGUCAUCAUUUUCCCAUAAUGUAACCAGAUUUGAGUCUCUGACUAAUAUAGGGUCUUGACUUUUACUGGUACCAUGUAAAUAAAUUUACUUAUUUGUACACAA